AGAUUAGUAACAUCUCUCACUCUGACGUCGUGAUUGUUGGUUCUUAAGAGUCAUUUCGCCGUACCCCGUAGGUAGACUAUAAGCCGAAUGAAACCUGUAGAGACCUAUAGUGCCACUACAUUUCGUGGGACUGUGGUCCGACGUUAACAUUAAAUGAACUAUAAUCUGUCUUAUGUUAUCUGUCGCAGGAGAGACACUGAAUGGGCAGCGACUGAUCGAGUUCCGACUAGGCCAUGAGGCGGAAUCGGAGCAGGGAUUGGCGGUGGCGCGCGCCGAGCUGCUGGUGCGUGCUGAGGUGCGCUCUCGCCGGCCGCGCUUCACGCUCUGGGCCUUCACUGUAGCGGGCAACGGCAGCGAAACACGCGUCGGCCCGCUGGCGGGUGCGGCGCGCGGCGCAGGACGUGCGUGGCAGCGACUGGAUGUGACGCGCGCUGCGCGGCAGUGGGCGGCGCGGGGCGCACGCGCUCCCCUGCGCUUGCUGCUCGACUGCAGUGGGUGUGCCGGGCGCGUGCGGCUGCGGCUGGGCGGCGCGGCGGCAGCUCGCCCGCUGCUACGCCUCACACUGGCCGCGCGGGCCGCGCGCCGACGACGCGCGCUCGAUUGCGAUGCGGCGGCGCGCGGCCGUUGCUGCCGGCAGACAUAUUACGUGAGCUUCCGGGCGCUGGGCUGGGACGACUGGAUCGUGGCGCCCGAGGGCUAUUAUGCGAACUACUGUCGCGGCGCGUGCGCGCCCUUCCUGAACUACCACGCGCAGGUGGUGGAGGCCGCGCGGCUGGAGCGCGCCGCCUGCUGCGCGCCCGUGCGCUUCUCCGCGCUCUCGCUCAUCUAUUUCGGCGCCGACUCCAACAUCAUCAAGCGCGACCUGCCCGAGAUGGUGGUGGAGGAGUGCGACUGCCCGUAG